AUGAAGGUUAUCGCUGCUUUUCUCCUCGCGAAACUCGCCGGAAACGAGAGCCCAACCAAAGAUGAUCUGAAGAAGAUUUUGGAGUCCGUUGGUGCCGAGAUCGACGAGGAGAAGAUAGAUCUGCUGUUUUCUCUGGUGAAGGAUCGCGAUGUCACCGAGCUGAUCGCUGCUGGGAGGGAGAAGAUGGGAGCUCUCUCAUCCGGUGGUCCUGCUGUUGCUGUGGUCGGCGCCGGAGCUGGAGGAGACGCUCCUGCCGCCGCGGCUGAGCCAGCGAAGGAAGCGAAGAAGGUCGAGGAGGAGAAGGAGGACUCCGACGAUGGCGGCAUGAUGAGUCUCUUCGAUUGA